AAAUGUAGAGCUAGCUGUAGUAAUCUAUUUCAACAUGGCUGCGACAGGGGGUUUCAAAUGAACUAGUUUAGAAAAACGAGAAAUUAAACGUACUCAAAUGAACUUUUUACUUAGGUCCUGCCAUAAUAUCUCAGAUCAUAUGCCGUAGACACUGGCUGUACGGUACAGUUGCUUGUUCGCUACUAGUAACCCUAUUCUAACUGAAGUUACAAUUCCUUACGGCCUGCGUGUGAGCUAGCUACUGUAGUGAGUGUGUGUAACAUAAGGUAAAAGGCAAGCAGUCCCACUAGUAGCGACUUAGAAUUUUCACUUUAGGUUCACGAAUUAACGACAACGCAAUGAGUUACAGAUAGUCCGCUAAACUUGUUUGACUAUCAAACCAGCGCAUCAUUUGUCUUUACCCGCACAGAAUAAUCUGCAUCUCCAAUCAUGGACCGUUGGAAAGGUUUAUAUUACCAAAGAUGCCGGGAAAUUCCUUCCCACAGCCAGACUAUUCGUCUAGCACAGGGUUCACACAUAACCCACUCUCAAGGCUUCCAAAUCACAAUGAAGAGUUUGGAUGGACCUCAUAUACACCAGGAGUCCUCCGAAGGUGAACAAGCAGUCACUUACCAGCUCAGAUUGUCCCUUUUGGAUAAAAGCCACCAGCAUUUCUUUGGGAGAACAUGGAAGAGCUCACCUCAGAUGAUGAAAGCCAACUGCAAGAUAAAGUUCAAUGAGGUGGUGUAUUUCCACACCUCACUGAGGGUGCCCAGUGUGCUGGCCGUGGUGGAGCUGGUGGCGUUAUCACCCAGGGCAGAAGGCUCCCAGCAUGCACUGGGGUGCGGCUUCGGGAUCCUGGACUUGUUUGGCAGCCAUGCAGAACCUCAGGCCACCGAAGGGGACAGAAGACUGGACUGGUACUAUGGAACACCCAGGACUCUGCUUCAGCCCGAGUCAAUGGAUCCCAAAAAGCAGCUCCUGAGGAUUAUUGAAGGAGCUCACUUGGUCUUCAACAUCAAACCACAUCCUGCUUUGGCUCCCAUCAUGCACCUCUUCCCUGAGAACAUCCUGGUGUCUGGGGAUGAAAACAUUCCAGGGCUGGUGCCAUCCCCAACAGGAGACUCUCUGUUGAAGCCUCACACCCUGAAGAUGGUCAGCUGCGCCUUGGACAGGCUGACCAUCUCGCUCUAUCCCUCCCUGGACAAGUUUGAGACCCAGCUGCUGCAUCUGAUCAACGCAGACUGCAACAACAUGAAGCACUGGGGCCCAGAGGGUACGCUGAAGGCAGUGGUCAUCCAGGAGAGGAGGCUCCAUGUGGGGGUCCAUAAUGGCUGGGCCUUCCUGGAGCCUCCCCAGGUGGUGGUUCUGGAACUGCAGACCCAGGCCCAGGGGAGCAGGGUUCACAAGGGGUCCCCCUCCCGACAGAACAGCCUGACCAGAGAAGGCACCUCGUCAGCGGCUCAGACCCUGGCCCUGCGCAGCAGUCUGGAGCUCAAGCUGGCCAAUCACAGGGAUUUUGGGAUCGUCCUGCAGCUGGAGUACGUCUUCUCCACUCCAGUUGGCGGAGAUGGAAAGGUGUCUCUAACCUCCACAUCUAGAGCUGCCUUCAUGCAGUGCCUUCGCUGGGGGGUGUGGUGCCCCUUCGAUGAGUCCGGCGCAUGGAAGGGAGACGAUGUACAUCUGGCCCUGCAGGGCGGCGCCACACCUAACCCAUGGGCCGUCAUGGUCUACACAGAAUCAGCCAAACCGCAGAGCCCCGUCCAGGGAAGGGGAGAGAGAGAUGUGGCCAGGUUCCGGCUGGUGUCGGGCUUGGAAAAGAAGAUUCCCAGCCCAUCUGUCUCUCCACACACCAAGCGAGAGAACACAUUCAAACAGAAGAAACCCCCCCCGUCACCUGUACCAGGUUUCAGACUCGCUCUUCAAGCCUCCCCCCCGUCACCACCUCAAGGCCCAGGGCUCUCAUUGUCUCAGCUGGCAGCUACUUCACGCUACCCGACCAUGAGCCACUUCAGCGCCGCAUCGCCAUGGCAACAACCGCUUUCCUCUGUGCUCUAUCCUUCCCCGUUGGCAACGGCCCACCAGCUGUCACAUGUCGCCGUUCCUGCCGUCACCAACAUCGGCCACCUGGAGGCCGACCUGACGCGGGGCUCGUCCCCCGGGGGCCAUGAGGAUUGGGACCCGCUCCAGGAGCUUCCUUUCACCCCUGUCCAUGCCCCCGUCGUUGCCAUGGGAACACACGUACCCAGCUCCUCCUCAAGAAGUUCACGGAGCUCCAUGGCCCACAUCUUCUCUGCAGGCUUCCCAGAUAUUGUGGACCGGAGCGGACAGGUGGCUGAAGUCCUGGACCCGACAGAACCAGUCAACUUUGACCCCCAGAGAGAGGAAGCAGACUCCCUGCAGGGCAAUCUGCUGGUGCUCCAGUUUCUGGCAUUUUCCAGGAUGAAGGAGUCUGGCGUGAGCCCAGACUGGCCGUCCUCCAUCUACAUUACCUUCCAGAUCUACCGGUUCCCACCCACCACCACCCACCGGCUCAGCCUGCAGACCCCGGACCAGGCCCAGCACAAUCCCAGAGACACGCUCCCCUGUGUCCUGGCUGCAGUCAAACAGGAUGGAACUGUCAAUACUGAUCCCCCGGGGCUGCAGCUCCAGUUCCCAGUGGACCAGGCCCUCCUGCAGCCUGGGGAGCGCAGCUGGUUCCUGCGCUACCUGGCCCUGCACACGCUCCAGCUGGACGUGUGGGACGCAGACUCGCUGCUCCUCAUCGGCUCCGCAGGCAUCGAGCUCAAGCAUAUGUUGCGUCAGGGCCGUGCGGCGGUCCAGGCCACCUACGAGCUGGAGGUCAUCAACACGGAGUACAUCAGCGAGGAGGCCGUGGUGACGGGGGGGGACCUGACGCGGCGGAAGGGCGUGACCCCCAUUAACGUCCUGACUGUGGUGAAGGGGAAGUUACACAUGCGCAUGGGCAACGUGGGUUGUCCAGUGAAGCACACCUCAGGGAGACCCUUAGCCCUCCCUCUGCCUCAUUCCCGCAUCAUCUCAUCUCACUCCAGUGGAUUCAGAGGAGGCAGUCUGUCCUCUACAAACACCCACGGUCUUAACGGUACAACUGUUCAGAACACGGCGAGGGCACAGAGGAUGGUGGAGGUCGAUGGAGACCUGUUGGCACUACUCCAGAGCAGGAUCAAGGAUGCCACCCUGGUGUCUGGUGGGCAUACCUGGGGUGAGAUGGAUGACGUUCGCCAACGGAAGCUCGAGCGCAUGGCUGCCGUCCGCCAGCGAGAGCGACAGGCAGAAGAGGGCAAUGAUGUCAAGACCAAAGUCAUGGGCAGGCGAGAGGAGCGUGCCCAGUUGGCGCGAGACUUGCGUCUGAUUGAGGCUUACCGGGAGAGGUGCAAAGUGGAAGGCAUUACCAACAUGCUGAGCAGAGCCAUCACCACCCAGCACACCAUGUACGCCACUCUGGGAACCGCCGAGUUCUUUGAGUUUGUGCUCAAGAACCCCUACAACGUGCAGCAGACCGUAACCAUUGAGAGUGAUGAUAGAGAGCUCAGUGUCAUCACAGACUCAGCAGAGUGGAGACAUUUCAAGGACCUGACCAAAACCUUGACCCCUCUGGAGGAGAACAUGUUUCAGCUGAAAGGGGGGAACACCCUAACGCCCCAGGUUUACCUCCGGCCUAAAGAGAGUGUUUAUAUCCCCCUCAAAUACCAGACGUUCUACUCACAGCACUCUGCCGUACCCCAGGGACCAAGUUUCCUUCCCACAGGCAGACAAGCUCAGGUGGCUAAGAAGCACCAGUCCAACACCAUACUGGCCAAGACAGUCAAGGUGACAUUCAGGUCAGAGGACGGCAAGCCUCUGGCCAUCUGCCAAGUGAAGGUGGAGCCCACGCCCUCUAUGGUGGAUCAGUCCAUCCGCUUCUACCACCCUGAGGGCUGCUUCCUGAAGAAGUCUCUCCGCCUUUCCCCCUGGGAGGACCCAGCAGCAGCAGGAGACUCAGAUGCUGGAACUACCAUCUCAGUGCGCUGCAGUGACCCCAAUGUCAUCUGUGAAACAAGGCUAUUGGCAAAAGGGGAGCCUCAAGAUCUGUAUUUAAAAGUUCCAGGAUGUCCCAGUCCACAAGUCAAAAAGUUCUUCCUCAUAAUCUACACCGAUAAGUGGCUGGCGACGCCCUUCCAGAUAUGGCUGGUGUAUAUCCACUUCCUGCAGAGAGUGGAUCUGAGCUGCUACUCUGGCCAGCAGACCUGUCAAUCACUGGUGCUGAGGGGCACCCAAGCCAUCCGGAAGGUCAAAUGCUACGUGUCUCAUCAGCUGGAGGUCGAGAUGGACCCAGCUGGGGUGUUUGUGCUCCCCCCUGGGGCUGUGCAGGAGGUGCAGCUGCGUGUGCAGCCUCGUAAGCCAGGCAGCAAGUUUGUCUUCCUCAGCGUGGUGGAUGUGGAGCACCACACCCUGCUCACAGGCUGGCUUCUAUGUCUCAACAUUCAAAAGCCCCUUCUUUCCAAGGCGUUUGAGGUGUCGGUCCCUGUUGGGAAGGGCCGGGGCAGCACCAGGAAGCUCACAUACACCAACCCCUACACCAGCAGCAGAGUCUUCUUACUGCACUCCGACCACCCAGACCUUCUUCAGUUCAAAGAAGACCACUUUGAGGUGGGGGGAGGGCAGAGCUAUGUCAUCGGACUGCGCUUUGCCUCCAGCCAGAGUCCCGGGUGCCAAGAAAUCUACGUCUACGUCAACAACCAGGAGGAGAAGACAGAGGAGACCUUUUGUGUGAAAGUCAAGUACUCCUGAGAGUCAUCUCCAUUCUGAACCGGGCCCCUUAGCAACUACUGUAAAGUUGUAACGUUGACAAUAUUUGGUUCAAGCAAUUACUGAAAGUGUCAAGCAUUUAAAGUAGAUGGCUCAGUGCCAUUAAAGGUACAUUGCAUAAAAAAUAACAAUUUGAAGCUAGAUAAGGAGUACAAAUUAGAAAGUUAGACGUGAUCAUUUGGAUAUUAUACUGUGUGUGUGGGUGUUUAAAGUAAGUGAUUGUCUGCUGUUUGAGACAAAUGUUCCUGCAAUGCUAUUUAAAGCAAUAACUUUGCACAUGGGUGGAGAAGUCAUGCAGCUAACAAUAUACUGGCAAUUUCACCUAAAUAUGUAGGUCAUGUUUCAAGAAUCCAAAGUAAAGUCUUCACAUGAUGCCAAAAGAAAAUACCCUGAAGAAAUGCAGGCAGCAGGGAGCGUCGGCUCGUUGUGAGGGAAAGGAGAAAGACUCCUAAACUGGAGGUACGAAGUAGCAUUUACAUUCAGUCCUUUUGUGCAUUUCUAGUCUCAUGGACCUCCAAUAAUUCAAAAGCCCACUGGCAGCUAGUUUUAAGACACAGUUAAGACUACUUAGUCAGGGCUAAAAUGUCCCCAUCGCCAACUGACCUCUCCUAGGAAAUAUCUAAAAACUUUGACAAAAAUAACAAUCUCAAAUACAUUUUGUUCCUCUGAGCGGGCAGUGAAACUGAUGCCUCAUUAGCUGUUUGUCCGGUGCUGCUGCUGCUGCCGACAGCAUUUACGCCUAAGUGCAGUGGCAUAGUCAGUGCACGCUGUCUGCCCUGCUUGUUACUGGGGAUGAAGUGCUUAUGUCUAGUGCACUAAAGAGAAGUUACCCUGAUAUGCUGUUAGCUGGAGGAAUGGCUGUUGUUUUCUUAACUAUGUAGGUGUGCAAACCUCAAAUCACCUCAGAAGCGCCGGCCGUCGGGUCAUGGAUAAGCCGUGAAUGUGUGUUUAUGUCCAUCUUGUGGAGGGGCCGUGAUGUCAAAGGCGGGAUCCAAGCAUGUAUCAGCCCUCUCUCGGGUACACGACUCGGCAGGAAUUCAGCAUAGCUGUCUGUUGCUGACUGGUGAAGUGGAUGAGUGGGAGGGUGUGUGAUUGUGCCAGCGUAUGUUUGUCUGCUUUUCUGUUUACUUCCAAGUGCGUGUGUGCAAGGGAGAGACAAGAGAGCGUGAACAAUACUGUUGUGAAUGUACACUCUGCCGCUCACCGCUGGGUCGAGAAGUCGAAUCGAAAGAGAGCAACAAAAAGAGGGUAAUCAUAGGAGACGUGCUUAACCAUCUCCUUUUAAGACUCACAGCUGACAGUGGCAGGACCGUCUGAAAUUCAAUUACAGCGAUGAUUACUGCAUUACCUGGCUGCUAACAGGACCCAACCUUGGUCAUGAUCACACACAAAGGAAUGGAUUCAUCUGAAGGGACAUUCGUUGUUCCCUUUCGACAAACACAUUCCGAGGAUACUUCUCAGUAGAUGGCAGCCUUACACAUAGAAAUUUCCCCCCUCUUUCUGUGAGACUUUUCUCUCUUUCCCUCUGAGUGACAUUUGAGGAUUAACCUCAGUGUGGACAAGGAACACUUUGACAUUCAGUGCCUGUGCAGCAAUUUAAUUGAAUGUAUUUGCCUUUCAUGUGCUGCAUAUUCCUUUGUACCAGUGAGUCAGAACAUUAUAUUUUGUGAGUUAUUUCUGUUUCUGUAUAUACUUAGAUAUUUUCAACUUUGCAAAGCAUAAUAAAAUUGUCAUCU